UAGUGGGGGAGUGUCUGUUUGGGGCGCUUGUUGUUGGGGUGACUUUGAAUGAGUCCUGGAAAUCAGGUCAUCCAGAUAGAUCACUGAUUCCCGCCGGCCACCGCGCUCUCCUCCCAUCUUCGACCAGCCACUGGGGGAACCGUCGGUCCAGGCUGAGGGUGUGGGGGCGGGGCAGGGUGCCGGGCGUGAGGUCGCGGCAGGAGAGCCAUGAGCAGCCCUGAUGCGGGGUACGCCAGUGACGACCAGAGCCAGGCCAGGUGCGCGCUGCCCAUGAUGAUGGCCGGGAUGGGCCCCUGCCCUUGGGCUGAGUCUUUGAGUCCCUUGGGGGAGAUGAAGGUCAAGAACGAGUCCGGUGCGGGUGCAGGGAGCGGGAGCAGCGCGACUGCUGCAGCUUCUGGAGCCGCAUGCCGUGGCAAAGGGGAGUCCCGCAUCCGGCGGCCCAUGAACGCAUUCAUGGUGUGGGCCAAGGACGAGCGCAAGAGGCUGGCACAGCAGAACCCAGACCUGCACAACGCUGAGCUGAGCAAGAUGCUGGGGAAAUCCUGGAAGGCAUUACCUCUUUCUGAGAAGAGGCCCUUUGUGGAGGAAGCUGAGCGGCUGAGAGUGCAGCACAUGCAGGACCAUCCCAAUUACAAAUACCGGCCUCGGAGGAGGAAGCAGGUGAAAAGGCUGAAACGGGCAGAGAGUGGCUUCCUCCACAGCCUCCCUGAGCAGCCGGGCUCUGGGCUGGGUCCAGAGGGCAGAGUGUGUGUGGACAGCCUGGGACUGCCAUUCCAUGAGCACGCCUACCAUCUGGGCCAGGGAGUUCUACCUCCUCAGAUGACACACUACCGUGAGUGCCAGAGCCUGGGUCCGGCCCCUCAGUUUGACAGCUACAACCUGCCUACCCCUGAGGCUUCUCCCAUGGAUGGCAUGGAGCCAGAUGCAGCUUUCUUCACCUCCUCUCUCCAAGGGGACUGCCAGCCAGGGCCCUACAACUAUCCUGUAGCCUCAGAGUACUCUGUGCAUCCUGAUUCUCACCCGGGUCCUGUGCAUCACAGACACGUGCAGGAACCCUUGGCUCACUCGUUGCAGGGUCUGAUGGGUCCCUCCAACCCUCUGCAUAUGUACUAUGGUCCCAUGGGCUCCCCCCAAGCUGGAGGCAGUGUCCGUGGUUUCCAGAUGCAGCAUCAGCCAGGAUCUAGUCAGCCCUCUCCUCCUCCAGAAGCCCUGUCCUGCAGGGAAGGUCUGAUUGCCAGCCAAUCUGCUGAGGUCCAAGAGGCUGGAAUCCACACAGAAUUUGAUCAGUAUCUUCACCACUUAUGUAAAACAGAGUUGGGGCUUGUCUCUCCAGGCCAUAAUGGUGAACAUAACCCUUCAACUAUCUCCUCUGUUGUGUCUGAUGCCAGUUCUGUAGUCUAUUACCGUAACUAUCAAAACAUAUGAAGCUCUGUGUUCCUCACAGACUGAAUCCAACAGUAUAAAUAAUGUUACAAUAUCUUUCCCAGUGAAGGCAAACUGAAGAUGUACUUUGCCCAAAAUUUUUUUUCCAGUUGUAUGGGCAUUCUUUUAGUUUUAUUUAUAUUUAGAGUCUUCAUAUUUCCUGUGGGCAUUUUCUAAAGAAAAUAAUGAUAAACGUGUAUAAUCAUUUUUCCUUGCAAAAAUUUUCCAUUUUCAUCUACACUUUUUAGACCUUUGUGGAUCUGCAAAUAAAGCAGAAUUUUAUUUAAGGAAAACAUUGUUUUCUCAGGAAAGUUUAAGGGAAUUUAGCCUGUUUAGCUUCAAAGGCUAUAGUUAAAAGUGUUUUCUACCUCUAAAGAAGUCCUCUAAGGAAAAAAAAAUUAAUAAACUUGAUGAGAGGUUAUGUUGAUCAUUGCCACGUGGAAUUGAAUAAUAAUCAAGGCUUUCCUAUGCAUAUAUUAUUACUUCAUGGAUGUGAGCUAGGUGUCAUUAAAAAUUUUUUGUCUUUGACUUUUAUGUCUCUUGCAUUUUGAAAUAGAUUUCCCCUUACAUAACAAACAAUGUGAAAGAGAAUUUGUCAACAUCAGUUGAGUCUGACAUAUGCAAGUGUUUUACACCCACAACCUAAUCCCCUGUAGGAUCUGUCUUCUCAUAGCUCCUGUAAUUUGGUAACAUUUGCUUUUUUGUUUUUGUUCUGCCAUUGAUUUUGUUGUAGUCACUGUACAGACUGUUUUCCUGGUUGUGUAUGUUUUACUUCACAUCAAUUCAUAGAAGUCUUCUCAUGCACCUCUGCAUUAUCCAUAGUCAUGAUUUGUUACUACACAGUAAUGGUCUCUUGUAUUCAUGUACCACCAUUCCCUAGCUCAUGGACAUAGCUACUACUGUUUCUAGUUCUUUGCUACUAA